AUGCCGACCUCCAAGCGUCGAGUCAAAGUUGCAUGUCAACUCUGCCAUGCAAGAAGGGUAAAAUGCGACCGAACAGAAGAAACAGCAUGCAGCAACUGUCAGCUUACCGGUCAAGAAUGUCUUGCUAUUGUGUCGCGACGUGGAAAAUAUAAACGUCGCCGCAACGGUUCAUCUGACUUGUUUCCAGAUCUUGUGUCACUGUCGCAGAUCGAGGGUGGCGUAAUUCAGAGUAUAGGAACAAUAGCCCAGCAAGAAGAUGUUGAGGCCCAUCCAAUCUCUGACAGCACACUCACACAAACUUCUCCUAUGGCAGAUUCGGGGUCUAAUGAGGGCGCUUUUUAUGGAGAUAGCUUUAAUCUAAAAUAUGUGUUCCACGAAAUAUGUGAUCCUUUGAAUAAGGCACCAGAAUUCCUUUCAUUGGAAGAAAGCUUCGGACGUCUGCAUUUCGAGCAUCUUGAUGAAACAAGCAAAGCUCGAGUGAAUGAGCGCAGAAUGCAAGAUAUGGCUCGCCUCAAGAGUGAAGGUGUCUUUCAAAUGCCGCCAAAAAACGUUGCGGAUGAGCUAGUACAGCUGUUCUUCCGGAGCUCUUAUCCUUUGUCCGCCCUCCUAUUUGACCAGGCGGAAUUCUACCUCAAGUAUGAAUGUGGGCGAAUAUCACCUCUAAUUUUACAUGCUAUUCACUUCGCCUCACUCGUACACUGUGAGGAUGAGACCUAUAAGGCAGCUGGUUACUCCAGUCGAUUCGAAGCAAGUUCGGCAUUCUACCACAGAGCAAAAGCUCUGUAUGAUGCUAAUUAUGAAUCCGAUGCUAUUACCAAUCUUCAAGCUGUUUGUCUUUUGUCUCAGUGGUGGGGAACGCCAACUGAACAAAAGUAUACCUGGCACUGGGUAGGAAUUGCUGUCAGCCUUGCCCAAUCACUAGAGCUACAUCGACUGAGAGCAUAUACCAACUUACCAACAAAAGAAAUAAAAUUCAGACGAAAGAUAUGGUGGGGUAUCUAUACUGCCGAUAUUCUUGAAGCCUUGAUAUUAGGCCAAACUCCGCACAUCAACGAUGCAUAUUGCGAUGUGCCGCCCCUUAAUGAAAGUGACUUUGAUUGCAAUGACGAAAAUGGAAUAAAUGUUGAUGAAAACAGAAAUCACACCACAGAGUCGAAGCUGUAUCUUGUCCAGUUGGCGAAUCUUGCCACAAAAACAAGCAAAUGCCUCCUAGCAACAUUUGGUAAUGGUGCAGACGAAUCAACAAUAGAGAAAUCUCUUGAAAUCUUUUGCUCCUGGGAGACAUCCCUCCCAAAAGAGCUGCAAUAUACCUCCUCCAUGGUUUCUUUAGAGAAUGGCUUUUGGACGGCUUUACUGCACUUAAACUUCCAGUGCGUCAACCUUGAUUUCAAUUCUAACAAUCCUCUAACCCAAACCCAUUCCCAAGCAAUUGCCAAAUACUUUUACGUCGAAAUGGGUCUCGUCUUCCUGGCAGGAUGUCGGUGGGAACCGUACCAUUUGAUGCAGCUGUUAAGAUCGUUAGAAUCCUAG